AAGCAGGAUGUCAUGAAGGCGUGUUAGCCACUAGUCACUAUGCAAUGACUCCAUGUCUCUGUCUACCCAUAGCGUGGGCCAGUAUAUCCACUGAGGACUCUGGGAAAUGACUCUCGCACUACUCCUGCUUUUGGCAUUGACAGCUAGCUGGACUAGACCUGUUCAAUCUGAAGACAAAGAUGAGACAGUGUCGAUCUUAGAAGACUUAACUUUUGCAGAAAAUCCCAAAGCAGUUGAAGUUGAAGAAGACCCAGAGAACCAUGACGACGUGGCAGGCUCUGGAGAUGGAAGGACCCAGGCUUCCACUGAAUUAGGCUCAGCACGUAGUGACUCAGGUGCUGUUGAGGACAUAGAGCCAACUGCUGGGGCUGAACAGACAGAAACAGAGGAUCAAAACACAGUCAUCAUGAUCAUCAUACUCCUGGUCCUCACACUCGUUAUCAUUUCUGUGAUUGUAUGUGGAGUCAUCAUCUACCGUAGAAGGACAACAAAAGAUUCUGUCACAAAAGACAAUCCUUAUUUGGAUAAUGAAGACCAUGAAAAUGUGCCAAUGCCCAUGUUUGAGGAUGAUAUUCCAUCAGUAAUGGAGCUGGAAAUGGAAGAUCUAGAAAACUGGAUGGCAAAAGAUGGAGGCACGAACGUGGACACUGGCCAAAUUUAAUGAAUAGCGUUUCAUUUUUUCUCUGAUGAGGCUGUGUAUGAAGAAAAGAAUAGCUGUGAUUGGUGACUUCUGACCCCUGGAUCCAAUGACAUCUGGUAGUCAUUACAGCAGGAAUGCAUGGAAGCAGGGGUGGACUGGCCAUAGGGAGAACCGGGACUUUUCCCGGUGGGCCGGCCGCGAAACGGGGCGAAUACCCCCCCUUCCCCAUGCUCAACAACUUUUGGGCAACUAGGAAUGAAAGCUUACGUCAUGCAGACUGUGUUUUUCCCAGGAUUCGUUUGGUAUGGAACACUAUGGGGGACCAAGCUAGACAAUGCCUAGGUUAUGUUAGAAUGAUAAAUUAAUGAUUUUAUAAUUAAGCAAUAAGGUACGAGAAGAUAUGCUAUAUUGUGAAUAUGUAUAGACGAUGCACAUCUCCUGCAACCAAUUCUGCCAAGACUAUAUAAUAUACAGUGUGGGAUGUAUCCGAUUACAAAGUAAUUAUUUACUGUAAUCUAAUUAUUUGUAAGUAAAAUAGUAGUGUAAUGAAUUACAUUUUAAAUUCUUGUAAUCAUAUUACAGUUACUGACUUUCGAUUAAAUUGCUUUGAAAUACAUUACUUGCAUUAAAGUAAUAUGUAUAGUACAUUUACAAUAUGAAUUGAAAUGUACAUCUGUUAGCAUUUCUGUGACAGCUGAAGGGUGUGAAACAAUGAUGAGGAGGAAAUAUAGAUUUUUUGAAUAAGCGGGAAAUCAAAAACUUUUCUUGGAAAAGUGAUUUAGAAAGUAACUUAAAAGUAAAAUAAUUAGUAAUGUAAUUACUUUUUAGAUGGAAUAAUCAGUAAAGUAAUCUGAUUACAUUUUAGAGAAUUAAUUAGUCAUUUGUAGUGGAUUAUUUAUUUUGAAGUAACUUACCCAACACUGACAAUAUAGCUUGACCCUGAGUGUCUGUUGCUUUUAUAAAAUGUUUACUACAUGGUAAAAUAUUAAGGACUAAAUCUUUCAUUAAAAACAUAUUUUACUAAACAAAUUAAGUAGCCUACCAUUAUCGUGCUUGAAGAUAUAAUUCCUUUACAGAAUGCUAACAAUGUUGCUAUGCAACAAAAUAUCGCAGUGAUAUGAUGAACAGGUGUUUUGUGUCAUAGCUCUUACCAUAUUGUGUAUUUUAGCACAGCUAGAAUUCUGUAUUGACCAAUUAGCACCAGGACCUGAAUGCUAGGGGAACUCAUUUGAAAUAAAGGUAGCAUAACAUGUAAAAAAAAGAUUGUGUCUUAAAUGGAAUACAACAUCUUUGACAAAAUACUUCAACAUAGUCUGAUUAAGUGUUACAAUCAGUAUUUGGCCCAUAUUGAGAUUUGAAUAGGAGCUAUUAUUUGGCUUAAACAGUUGUGUUUUUGUGCAUCCUGCUCUUUUUUUUUUUUAAUCUAUUUUUUUGGCCUAUUUUUUAAUUUAAUUUCUUAUUUAUUUUACAGGUAACUGCUUUGGACCUCAUGAUCUGGUAUAGCACAGUGUACAGGUUGAGGUAUAGAGGUAAAUGCAAACCAGUUACUCCUAAGGAGAAAAAAAAUUCAGUGUUUUUAGAUUAUGUUUUAUAAAACUAUAACUUUAUGUUACAAAAAGUUAUCGGUGAGAAUGAUAUGUAAUAUAAAAUAUUAGAGACUGCUGUGUGAAGCGCAUUGCCCUUUGGACAAAAAAGAACAUGAGUAAAAAUAAAUAGAUUGAAACUUGUUCCUGUCUGUUGCACUGAAGAAGACACAGCAGUUCUUAUCUCUGAUGAUAUGAUAUGGCCCUUUCUGAAUUUUUGAUAUUGAAACUGUAUUAUUUGCCCCCUGUUUAUAAAAUGACAAACCAUGAUGUUUCUUCAUGGUGUCAACGAUGAUUCUUGUCAUGAUCUUAGUGCAAGUGCUGCCUAAGAACUUUGAUAACUACAUAGUCAGACAUAGUAAUUUAAUUGUGUAAGCAAGAAAUCAGCAUUUCAUCAUUCCAUGUAAAUAUAAAGAAAAUAUUUUAAACCUCUUUUAAUGUUGUUAUAUUUGUUGUAUUUUAUUUUAUUUUUUUUACAUUUUGCUGCAUUUCAAGAGCAUGUUUGCAUUUCAUUUAUUGAUAUAAAAACAAACACAACACAAUUUUCUACUUUGUAAUCCUUUUUAUAUUAAAAGAGGACAUAUGCUAUUAUUGUUCCCGUAUGUGUGUGUGUGUGUGUGUGUGUGUGUGUGUGUGUGUUGUUGUCAUUGCAUGUGUCUGUCAUUUCUUGCAUCUUAUUAUGCUAUAUCUUGCAGAAAUAAAUGUGCUUUUGCUCAAAAUAUAACAUAUACAUUAUAAAUAAAUUAGAAUCUAAAUUAGAUUAGGGAAGUUGUUCACUUCAGUGAACUAAAGAACAAUACUGUUAUGAUACAUUGUAAUAAUUAUCUUGGCUCACUGGAAUAGUUAUGGCCUUCUAUUAGUUAAAAACACCCAAAGCAUACAUAUUACAUCUACAUUUCCUUUACCUGAAUAUACACUCACUGAGCACUUUAUUAGGAACACCUGUACACCUAUUUAUUCAUGCAAUUAUCUAACCAGCUAAUCGUGAGGCAGCAGUGUAAUGUAUAAAAUCAAGCAAAUACGGGUCAGGAGCUUCAGUUAAUGUUCACAUCAGCCAUCAGAAUGGGGGAAAAAAGUGAUUUCAGUGAUUUCAACCGUGGAAUGAUUGUUGGUGCCAAAUAGGCAGGUUUGAUUAUUUCUGUAACUGCUGAUCUCUUGGGAUUUUCACGCACAACAGUCUCUAGAGUUUACUCAGAAUGGUGCCAAAAACAAAAAAACAUCCAGUGAGCAGCAGUUCUGAGAACGGAAAAACCUUGUUGAUGAGAGAGGUCAACAGAGAAUGGCCAGACUGGGUCGAGCUGACAGAAAGGCUACGGUAACUCAGAUAACCCCUCUGUACAAUUGUAGUGAGCAGAAUAGCAUCUCAGAAUGCACAACACGUCGGACCUUGAGGCGAAUGGGCUACAACAGCAGAAGACCACGUUGGGCACUUUAUUAGGACCAGAGUGUUCCUAAUAAAGUGCUCAGUUAAUGCAUUCAAGCACACAAUAGUGAAUUUACUUACAAAAAUAACUAAUUAAUGUAUAUAUUUUUUUCAAUAUGUUUCAUUUAUUGUACAAUGAUAGUAAAACCGCCAAUUUGCUUAAAAUGGCUUAAAAGCGACAUUCCACUUGAGGACUAUUUCAAAAAAAUAUAUUUAGCUCCAUUAAUUGGUACGUCACGUGAUUUCUUGUUCCCUCAUGUGAUCUUGUCAUGUGUUUCCCCUGUUCAUGUGUCUUAUUUUCAUCAGUUCAUUGUUUGUUUACUUUAUUAGUCUUGUCUUUUCAUUGGUUUAAUUUAAUUUAGUCUUGUUAUCUUGUUUAUAGUUUAGUCUUGUGAUUGGUUGUCUUGUUUACCUGUUACCCAUGUCCUUGUAUUUAAUCCCUCAUGUUUGCCAUUGUUUAGUGUCAGGUAUUGUGAAUGUAACUUUGUUGUUUUGUCAAGACAAGUCAAGUUUAUGUCUAAUCUAGUUUAAGUCUAUCAAGUUCAUGUUUUUGUUUAGUUCACGUUUGUAGUCAGGGUUUUGGGUUUCCACAUUUGAAAAAUAAACUGCACUUGGGUUUGUCACUUCA